AUGUUGAACAAGGUCCACCACGUUACCUAUGCCGUUAACAGCAUUGCCGACAUAGCCGAUUACAUGGAGAACAACUUCGACCUCAAACCCAUCCGCGUCGACGAGUUCACCGACCGGGGCUUCAAGUCAGUCCUCUUCCAGGUCGGGGAGACCCUGGUGGAUUUCUUCGAGCCAAUCCGGGAUGACACGGCCCUGGCUCGCCAGCUACGCGAGACCGGCCCCGGAGUAAUGCACGUGGCCUGGGGCGUGGACGACAUAGACGGCAUGUUCAACGACCUGAAAGCCAAGGGCAACGAAUUGCGGGGCGAGGGACCGUCGGUCAGUCCUUACGGCUACAAAACGGCCAACAUCGAGCCAAGCAGUUCCCACAACAUCCAUUUCCAGUUGGCCGAGGGUGAGCACAGCUAG